GGCAGCUCGGCGGUGCGAGAAAAGCGGCGAUGUUCCCCGCCUGGGUCGCGCUGCUUCUCUGCCUCUGCCCGGCUGGUCACGGUUUACGCAUCCAGGAGUACCUUUACUUCCAUGUCCUCAGUCCAGGAGACAUCCGCUACAUCUUCACGGCUACCCCGGCCAAGGACUUUGGCGGAGUCUUCAACAUGAGAUUCGAGCAGAUCUAUCUGGUUCCAUCCGACCCUCCAGAUGCCUGCGGAGCCUUGCGCAACGGUGCAUUUAUCGAAGGCCAGAUCGCGUUAGUGGAACAUGGGGGCUGCUCCUUUCUGUCCAAGACCGGCACCAUCCAGGAACACGGAGGCCGGGCGGUGAUCAUUGUAGAGGACGCCACCUGUGUGGAGGGGGCUCAGGAGACCACCCAGCGGAAGGCCGACAUCCCUGCCCUUUUCCUUCUGGGGCGAGACGGGUACAGGAUCCGCCGCUCUCUGGAACAGCACGGGCUCCCUUGGGCCGUGAUCUCCAUCCCGGUUAACGCCAGCAGCGUCCCGACUUCCGACUUCCUCCAGCGUCCGGGGAUCUUUUGGUAGCACAGAAAGAAAGGGAGCCGUGGAGUCCCAGAACUCGACCGAAAGGAUAAUGACGACCUACAAAGGAAUCGACCGUUUCACCCAGUCCGGCAGCUGAUGGGGACCACGGGAAGAUCUCGUGUGUUGAUGAAGGGAAACUGACCGGAUUGCGUCCUCUGGAUAGCUUCGUUUUUUUGUUUUGGUUUGGCCCAGAGAGCAGACAUUGGGAGCGGUCUGGCAAUCUUGAGGACCAAAUAGGAAACCUGGAUAGCUCUUCCGGGGUGGGGUGGGGUGGGAUUGCUAGCGAUGGUGGUUACCAGCUUUUCUCAAAUCCAGGAGAACCACGAAAUGUUAGGUCUGACCCUUUGCCUGUCCUCGCCUCCCGUUGAGUUCUGGGGUCUCAACGGCAAGGGGCAUUUAAGGAGCUCCUUGUUUUAAACCCAGAUGCCAACCUGGCCAAUUUUUUAAGCAGAUGGACAUUUUGGGGGGUGGGGGGUGGAUUAAAGAGGCCAUGCAAUUCAUACCAUGGUGGUUUUGUGGCCGACGGCAUCUGAAUUCACCCAAAACAAACUGUGGUUUAAUGUUGGGUGCAUUAAGGACAGAGACUGGAUGGCAAGGACUAAGCCCGGUUUUGUGUCUGUGUGUGUGUGUGUUGUAUAGCUUCAGCUGCUUUUCCUAGGUUGGUACUUUACCCUAACCAGGUUUAAGGGGGUCAACCCACCCACCCCCAAUUCAAUAAGCCUGACAGAUGCUCGGAAGGAUCAGAGAGCAGUGCAGGCCGCCCUCAACUUAAGAACAAUGGAAUUUUCUGUGGAAAAUUUCUAAGGAAGGAAGGAUGGAGAUAGAUGGGAAAAGAAGGAAGGAAAAGAGGAAGCAGAGAGAGAAAAAUGUAG